UGGUUAAAGAGGAAUGUCACCGGAAAAUCAUGGUUAGAGAUGCGGAGAAGGGACAUUUGCUGUCCAAGUUUUGCAUCGUGUUCAUGUACUGUGGAGGUUUAUCCUACAACACCGUGAUGCCGUUCCUGUCGCAAGCACCUGAACAUGAGCAGAACGUCACCGUCCGACCAAUGGCUUAUCUCGGUUUCGAUAUCUUAUUCAAUUUGCAAUUAAUGCCCGUUUACGUGUUCGCUUUUCUCCUACAAUGUUUCACCGGCGUCGUCAUGUUCAACAUUACUACAUCAGUGUGCUGCUUGGCGGCUAUGUUCGUGGCUCACGCAUGCGGCCAGAUCAACAUCGUGAUAAGUCGUGUAAAGAACCUUGUCAAGAGCGAGCAAAAUAAUAAUGUGAAGUUUGAACAAGGCAUAGCGAUUAUUAUGCAGCAUCAUGUGCGAGCGUUGAGAUUUUCAGCAAACAUCGAGGAUACUUUGCGCGAAAUAUGUUUGGUCGAAUUGGUGGGAACGACAUUGAUAAUGUGUUUGGUAGAAUAUUCCUUGAUGAUGUGUAGCAAAGUCGGACAUACUACGUAUAAAAUCGAAUGGUACAAAUUGCCGGGAAAGACAGCUCUUGAUCUUAUGUUGAUGAUUACUAUGUCUCGUUAUCCAAUACAAAUUACCGCUGGGAAAUUAAUAAGUCUCUCUUUUGCUAAUUUUGGCAACGUUUUAAAAACUUCGCUUGCAUAUAUGAACUUACUUCGAACUGCCAUUUAAUAUAUGCG